CACCUGGUGGCACUGGAGCACAGACUUCUAUUAAUGUGCCCACAAGCUGGAAGCAGACUGGGGCUCUUAUUUUGAAGAGUAACUCAGCUUUUAAAGUGAAAUAUCUGCACUUAAAACAAGGAAAGAACGACUCUAACAGACCGUUAAACACAUAAAACAUGUAAACAAUUAUUAUUAAUAUUAUUAAUAAUAAUAAAUGGUGACGCCACGUGACUCUGCGGUCCUUCGGGUCUGACGUCACCCCUCCCCCGCCCCCUCCCAGUCCUCUCCGUCUGACUCUGAAUCCAACAUGGAGAAAUGAGGAGAUGGGGCUCGUCCGGGGCCAUCCGCACCGACACCAGCGCUCCAUUUUCGGUCACCGCAUUCCAGCCCGCUCCGGUGGGGGAGGAGGAGGAGGUGACCGAGAAGGCAAAAAAGGCGGAGGUUAAGGAGGUGAAGGAGACUGGAUGCGCUCCACUGACUGAGGACUGAGAGGAGGAGGAGGAGGUGUUGGGGGAGAACACUCACCGGGAUUAACGCCGAGGAGGCGCGGAGGGAGCGGGGGAGGACCGGGCCGCUGCUCCUGCUGAGGAAACAUGAGCACCGCGCGCGCCGCCGCGGUGGGAGCUCCUUAUUACCGGAGGUGAAAUGGGAAACAUGAGCGAGGACACGCGCCCGGACGAGUUAUGUGAGGGACUAUUUUCUUUUAUCAACUGAUGCUCCAAACCAGCCAACAAAGAGCUGAAGCCUUCAGUCAGCUGUGACCUGACAGUCUGAUCCAAAGUCUUUGGCACCUCGUCAUGCUGCUCAACAUUUAAUUUUGAUAGCUACAUAGUGCGCGUCAAAGCGGUGGUGAUGACCAGAGACGAGUCGAGUGGCGGCUGGUUGGCGCAGGACGGCUGCCUGAGCAGAGUGGGCGUGUGCAGACUGCUGCCGACCGAGCUGCUGGGACGUAACAUGUUCCUGAUCCACGGAGAACGUCUUAAAGACAAGCAGGUGAUUCUGGAGUGCUUCUUAAAGAAGGAUCUGGUCUACACGAAGGCCACGCCCACUUUCCACCACUGGAAUGUGGACAACAAGAAGUGUGGCCUGACUUUCCAGAGCCCGGCCGAUGCCCGCGCCUUUGAUCGCGGCGUGAGGAAGGCCUUGGAGGACCUAACCGAAGGCUCGACCACGUCCUCGUCCACGCUGCAGAAUGAAGCCGAGCUCGGUGACGAUGAUGUCUUCACGACUGCCACCGACAGCUCGUCCAACUCGUCCCAGAAGAGAGAGCCAGCAAUGCACGCGCUCACCCCGCCCACAUUUUGUGAACCCCGCCGUCACCACUGCAUCCUGGGACAUUUGUAUGAGCAGCAUCGGCCCACUGAGCGCUACUUCCUGGACCAGGCGGUGCAUAUGUUUCCUCGUCACGUCAGCUUCCAGUUGGAGGACGAGGAGGUCGUACGCAUCAACCCCCGUGAGCGGACCUGGCUCACCGGCUACGAGGACUACCGCCACGCCAACUCCUCACGUGACAAACUCGCCCAGCUCCACAACCCGGACACCUGCGUGCACUUUACCAAGAGCGAGCCGGCCAAACGCGACUACGCCUACCCAUACCCCCUGAGCUGCGACACGCAGCGAGGCUGCGACGGAAAACCCAGCUGCCUGGAGAUGGGCGGUGGCCACAGGGCGGUGCUGACGGUGCAGCCGCGAGUCCCGGAGCUCAAAGGCAAACUGCGGAAGGAAGAUGGGGAGCGCUCGCGCUGUGUUUACUGUCAGGACAUGUUCAACCAAGAGGACAACGGGCGGGGCCGCUGCCACGAGGCGCCCGACCCCAUUCAGACGUGCAUCCGGCGCGUGAGCUUCAUGUGGUGCGCGGACAGCCUUCUGUACCACUGCAUGUCCGAUCCAGAGGGGGAUUACUCGGACCCGUGCUCCUGCGACACCACCGAUGAGCGUUUCUGCCUGCGCUGGACGGCGCUGGUGGGCCUGUCGCUGCUGGCUCCCUGCAUGUGCUGCUAUGCCCCCCUCAGGGCGUGCUACCGCUGCGGCGUGGCCUGCCGCUGCUGCGGCGGGAAACACAAAGCUGUGGGCUAAGGCGUUGGAGGCCCCGCCGCUGCCACAGUGACAGCUAGGACUCGCAGCAGGAAGCGGGGAGAAGGAGGUCCCUGCGAUUUCUA